UAGCGUUGAAUGUUGAAGUUCAAUGUGCGUGUCGCUGUCGCGUCGCACACUGCCAUAGUGCUGCAAGUUUUCUUCUGGAAUACAUUUUGAGCAUCUGUGCGCUAUGACUACAACAAAAAUUGUUGCAAUUGAGUCGUGCGGACCAGAAGUACAGCAGACGUAUGUAAAGUUCGACAACGGUGACCAAAUUUUCGUGGCUAAAAGGGUGCAAAAGAAAUGGUCGUCGAUUCGCAAUGUUUUAUAUGACGUCUUUCUGCCUGCAGGCUUUCCUGAAAGCGUCAGCGGAGAUUAUAUUGAAUAUCAGAUAUGGGACAGCAUACAGGCAUUUGCAAGUGCAAUAACCGGUACUCUCGCUACUCAAGCGGUAUUCACUGGAGUUGGUGUCGGAGACCAAACUGCGUCUGUGCUAGCUGCCACAACCACAUGGAUAUUAAAAGAUGGAAUGGGAAUGGUUGGAAGAAUAGUUUUUGCCUGGUGUCAAGGUUCAAAUCUCGAUUACGACUCGAAGAAAUGGAGGUUGUUCGCUGAUGUUUUGAACGAUUCUGCAAUCAUCUUGGAGAUGUCAUCUCAGUACUUCAAAAAUUACAUUACGCCCAUAUUGUGCAUAUCCAGUGUUGCCAAAUCCAUUGUAGGUGUCGCCGGUGGAGCAACCCGAGCAGCCCUCACUCAACAUCAAGCUCGUAACAACAACAUGGCUGACGUCAGCGCGAAAGAUGGAAGUCAAGAAACACUCGUAAAUUUGGCAGCCUUCCUGUGCAGUCUUCUCCUGUUACGUUUCUUGCUACUAAAUCAGCUGUUGAUGUACACCAUUUUCGUCACCUUCACCGCGCUGCAUAUCGUCAGCAAUUACAAGGCUGUUUCUUGCCUCGUCAUGGAGACAUUCAACAGGGCUCGGUUCAAGAUUGUGGUCAAACGCUUCCUGGAAGGCAACGGGGGUACAAUGUCUGUCGCCGACAUCAACGCGGCCGAGCCCGUGUGGUUUUCUUGUUCAUCGCGGAAGGUUAACAUCCGCCUAGGUGCCCCGGUGUCGUCCGUUGGCUUGAGCUACCGGGAGUUGUGCCGGAGAACCGAAAGCCUAGCGUACGACGACAGAGCGAGGUACCUGGUGAAACUCUCGAAGCACGAAAAGAAAGGCGUCCUCAGCAUCAACGUUGUUCUGCACGAGCAGUGUACGGUGAGGGACCAGAUGGAGGCCAUGUUCCACAGCUUUCUUCUGGAAUUUGUGCUGCUCGGAAAUUUGGCGGUGAACGCAGGCGCACCCUGGUUCUCCGGCGUACGGACGUUGGAAGAUCUGGCUCAGAAUCCGGUGCUUCACGAGCAACAGCUGGUAGCCCUCUCUAGGGCAGUCGCUAAGGAACAGUUCAAGGAACUUUGGAAGGGAAUCGCCGGUUCCGAGUGGCGGACCGACUACGUGUUGUUCGGUGCGAGCGAGUGGAGAGCGGUGUGGAACGUGAAGGGCAUCAGCCGGCCGGAGCACUCCCACCUAAGUUUGGCCACGGAGUAGAUGUGCAUAAUUUAAGUUCUUCAAUAAACGAGUCUUAUUUUGUCUUUUC